AUGCAGAUUCAUUCGUUAACUUUCAUUGUGUUCUUGCUCGUAUCUACUUGUUUUGGUCUCUCUAGAGCCAUAGAAUGCAGAGUAAAUGUAAAAAAUCCAUCAAAAUAUGCAUAUACUAUCACUGUUGAUCAAACUGGCAAAGGAAAUUUUGUUACAAUUCAAAAGGCUGUUGAUUCUGUUCCUUCCAACAAUGAUCAGUGGCUUCGCAUCCAUGUUCAUCCCGGCAUCUACAUGGAGAAGGUAACCAUUCCUAAGGAGAAACAAUGCAUAUUUCUUGAGGGAAGUGGGUAUACCCAAACAACAAUUUCAGGGGAAGACCAUUCCCAAACAGAUUCUAGUGCUACAUUCACCGUGUUACCGGACAAUUUUGUUGCCAAGGGCAUUGCCUUCAUGAACUCAUAUAACAGGCCAAUUGUGGUAGAUGAAGUGAAGCCAGCAGUUGCAACAAGGAUAUAUGGAGACAAAGCAGCUUUUUAUGAUUGUGCAUUCUUGGGAUUUCAAGACACAUUAUGGGAUGUUGAAGGUCGCCAUUACUUUAAUUCUUGCUACAUUGAAGGUGCCAUUGAUUUCAUUUGGGGUGAUGGCCAAUCUUUCUUUGAGGAGUGUAGAAUAAAUGUGACAGCAGGGUUACUACCAUCACAAGUAUCAGCGGGAUAUAUAACAGCACAGGGAAGGCAAUCAGAAGAAGAUCCUGGUGGUUUCGUGUUUGAGAAUGGUUAUGUUUUUGGGACUGGCCAAGCCUAUCUCGCAUCAUACCGUCCUUACUCCCGAGUUAUUUUUCAUGGUACUACGUUGGAUUCAGUGGUGGUUUCUGCUGGAUGGGAUGCUUCGAAAUACCAAGGCCAUGAAGAGAAUUUGACGUAUGCGGAGAUUGGGUGUAAAGGAGCAGGAGCUUCCACUUCGAAGCGUGUAGAGUGGGAGAAAAACAACUUUGACGGCUCAUUACUACAAGAGUUUUCAAGAGACCGUUUCAUCAACAAAGAUGGGUGGCUUGGCAAUCAACCAAUGAGUUCAUGA